CGUCUUCCACUUCAUCGCCCUCACCUUCGUCUCGCUGCGUCUCUAUGUCCGCGUCUUCAUGGUCCGGGCCUUUGGGCCCGACGACGGACUCAUCGUUGUCGCAUGUGUAAGCGUAUUGGAUGAAUAAUUAAUUACAUGGGACACUCAACACACUUCAUCAUCAGAUUUCUGCUCUCUUUUUUUUUCUUUUUGGCUGACCUGUAAUCUUCGCAAUAAUUAAUAAUAACCCUACAGGCUCUCGCGCUCAUGUCGUGGAUCUGUUUGGUCCUUCAGAUACCCCACGGCCUCGGCCGCCACGGGCUAGUGGUACCGGUCGAGGAACGCAUAAAAUUUGAGAAAAUCACCUUCUGGAAGACCGUCUUCUCCGACGGCGUCGCCAUGGGCCUGCUGAGAAUCUCCAUGGCCAUCAGUCUGCUACGACUCAAGAGGGACCUAAAGUGGUACCGCUAUUCUCUCUUUGCGGUUAUCGCAUUCGUCGUGUUGUACUCGAUCCAGGCAAUUGCCUGGCUCUUUAUUUACUGCACCCCUUACUCGGGCUGGUGGGAAUUUCAAUGGAUGAACCCGUUCGAUCCCCGGUGUAAAUCCUUCACCGUGUUUGUGAACUUGGUGUACUGGAACAUCUCCUGCAACAUCUUCACCGACGUCGUUCUCGGAGCACUGCCUGUCCCCAUCAUCUGGAAGCUCAAGAUGAAGCUCCGGGUACGGCUCUAUGUGAUUGGCAUCCUCAACCUGGGAUACCUUGCUGUUCUGAUGGGCAUCCUCAAGGCCGUCUACAUGCUCACGACCGGGGGCGACCCCGAUGCCAUCUUCGACUAUUGGGUACACUUCUGGGAAAAUCUCCAGCUCAACAUCGGCAUCAUCGCCGCCUGCGCCUCCUUCCUCAAGCCCCUGGUCGGGCGCAUGCUCAAGAUCAACAGCUCGGCCGCGUACUCGUACCCGAGCACGCCGUACGGGCGCAGCAACGGGCGCGGCGGCCGCACCCCGAUCGGCGUCGACACCAUCGGCAGCAAGUACGCGAACCGGCGGCGGGCCGCCGACGAGAGCCACCCGGACGACGACUUCGAGCUGCGCACCAAGCACAACGGCUCGCCCACGGGGGACCCCCAGGUCGUCACCAGCGUCCAAGCAGCGGCCAGGACGCGGCGGGCCGGCUCGCCGCACCUCUCGGCCGCCGAGACCGUCGAUGCCGUGCCCUCCGACGCCAACAGCGAGGAGAUCAUCCUGCAGACGAAGGACGCUUCUCAUGGUAUCGUCAUGACGAGAGACGUCAGUGUGCGGUACAGCAAUCCAAAAUAAAAGCAGAGACUUUGCACAACCUGUUUCUGUAACUGAGGGACGACGCAGACGCGGCCUCUUUUCUUAUGUUUGUAUUUACCGGUUUGAUUUCUUUCCGGCACCAUCCGGAACGGGUCAGGGGUUAAGGAGGUAUUUCUAAAAGACGAAUUUUUUUUUUUUUUUUGUACAGUACAUGUUUCCAUGCCUAGAGGUAUAUCCAAUCUUGCAUACGUGAUCACGAACCAGAUUAUCAGCGCGGUAAGCGAGGUGCAUGAACGCAACUUUCAACCGACCAAACUUCACUUCAUCUUACUAUACAAUAUGUAAG